GCUGUAAAAUGAUGAUGGUCGAAAAUAUGGAAACUGAAACUACAACUUUUACAGGUGCAGAAAAAAGUUUCCCUAAAAGUGCCCUUCUGAACUGUGAAAUGGAUUCCUCCCUAAGCAAGUUUCGUGAACCACUGGAGAGCGGCAACUUAUCUGACGUUUUGAUCCGUGUGGGCAAAGACACAAUCGCAGCACACAAACUGAUCCUGUCCACCAACUCCGAAGUUUUCCAAGCCAUGCUUGAGAGCGACAUGAAAGAGAGCCAAGAUAAUACUGUCAACUUGGUCGACAUGGAUUUGACCGUGGCAAAGGCGAUGUUGCUCUGGAUGUACACGAGAAAAGUAGAUCAACUCUCCACUGAAAUGUCUCUCCAGUUGUACAUUGCUGCCGACAGGUACAUGCUGUCUGAACUGAAAGAGAAGUGCCGCGAAUUCGUAUCAAAAAACUUGUCUUCUAAAAAUGUCGGUGAAGUCUUCGAAAUUUCCAAAUUGCAUUCAGAUACUACACUGGAGAAAGCAGUUAAAAAAUUUUUCGCUGGUGAUGUUAAGAAUGUUCUCAAGUCUGAGGAAUGGAAAGAGUUUUCUGUUCAGAAGCCAAUUUUAUCGGUAGAAUUACUGACCCAUGCCAUCACAAGCAAUGAGUUUGUUUUUUGAGUUGACUAUAAUUAUUUCCUGUGCUA